UACACAAACAUGAUUCUUCCUUACAUCCUAAUUUGUCUAAUUUCAUUAUUAUUAAUAAAUAUUAAUCCUCUUGCAAUGGCGGCCAGCAACGGAGCAACAGCUAAUUUUAAUGGUACUCUAAAGCCAGGAUGUGAAAAGCAGUGUGGCAAUAUAACAGUUCCAUUCCCUUUCGGUAUUGCCAAGGGUAACGACAGAAGUUGUUCUCUAAACGACGCGUUCUUCUUGACAUGCAACACUUCUUCUGAUGGAACGUCCCCAAAGUUGUAUCUAAGAGACGGGAACAUCGAAAUACGCAACAUUUCAGAUUCAGAGUUACGAGUCAGCAGUUUUGUAGCUUAUACAUGCUACCACCAGAAUGGAAGUGUAUCUCAAGAGGAAGAUGCGUGGCUUCGUUUAAACACAGAUCAAUACACUUUAUCGGACAAGAACAAGUUAACGGUCUUUGGAUGUGAUGACUAUUCAUUGAUCAAAGGCAUAACUAAAAAAGCAAAAACAGACGAAUUUGACUUUUCUAGUGGCUGUAUUGGAUCAUGUAUGAAACUGUCAGAGGUAGCUGAUGAUGGGCAGUGCUUAGGAAAAGGCUGUUGUCAGAUAUCUAUACCAAACAACCUCCGGUAUUACGAGAUUGAACUAGGAACUUUUCAGAACCACACAGAUGUUUGGUCCUUCAACCAUUGUGGCUUUGCAUUUCUUGGUGAGGAAGGUUCUUUUCAGUUUCGCGGAGCUAAUGAUUUAGACAGUGUUACGGACUUUUGGAACAGGUUAAUGGCCACUGUCCCUGUUGUGGUAGAUUGGGUAAUUAGUGCACCCAACAAAAGCUGCUCACCAGAGGUUACGGAAUGCAAAGGGAACAGCCACUGCGAUGAUGUAGAUGGUGGUGGGUAUCGUUGUAGAUGUAACGAAGGCUACGAGGGUAACCCAUAUCUUGAUUUAGGCUGUCAAGACAUUGACGAGUGUGCGGAUCCAAGAAACAAAACUUGCUAUGGUGAUUGCAUAAAUACCAGCGGGAGCUAUAAUUGUACCUGUCCGUCAGGAUAUUCUGGAGACGCCAAAACACAAAAUGGCUGUAAACGAAAUACUAAAGAUUCAAUUUUUUCUGAUACAACCAUAUUGACUAUAGUUUUGGUGCUGGGAAUGUUGGCAUUAUUUUGUGGAAUAGCGGGCAUUUGCUUCGGCAUAAGGAGAAGGAAGCUAACAAGGCUACGGGAAAGGUUCUUUGAGCAAAAUGGGGGCACUCUGCUUAAACGGAAGAUGAAUUCACAAGUAGGAUCUCAAGAGGCUAUGACUUUGUUUAGCACUGAACAGCUCCGAAAGGCAACUGCUAAUUUUUCCCAGGAGCACAUAAUUGGACGAGGUGCAUAUGGUGUUGUAUACAAGGGACUUUUGCCUGACAAACGUGUAGUUGCAAUAAAGAAAUCUAGACUGGUAGACAGGUCUCAAGCUGAGCAAUUCAUCAAUGAAAUCAUGAUAGUUACACAAGUCAUCCAUCGAAAUGUAGUAAAGCUUUUAGGUUGCUGUUUGGAAGAGGAAGUUCCUGUACUAGUUUAUGAAUUCAUCUCAAACAACACUCUUUUCCAUCACAUUCAUCAUAAAGCGGGAGGAAUGAGUUGGUUGUCAUGGGACAAUCGGUUAAGAGUAGCAGCUGAAGCGGCAAGUGCCCUUGGGUACCUUCAUUCAGAAACUACUAUGCCAAUCAUACACAGAGAUGUCAAGUCGAGUAACAUAUUAUUAGAUGAUAACUACACCGCAAAGAUUUCAGAUUUUGGUGCUUCAAGGUUAGUCCCACUAGAUCACGAGCAAGUAACAACUCUCAUUCAGGGGACGUUAGGGUAUUUGGAUCCAGAAUACUUUCAUACAAGCCAGCUUACAGAAAAAAGUGAUGUGUAUAGCUUCGGAGUGGUCCUUGCAGAACUAAUAACAGGGAAAAAACCUAUUGGCGGUGAUAGAAGUAACGAAGUAAAGAAUUUAGCAACCUUCUUUAUCAAGACAAUGAAAGAAAACCGCUUGUUUGAAAUUGUAGAACCACGACUAUUACGUGAAGGGACUCUUGAAAAGUUACAAGCAGUAGCUGAACUGGUGAAAAGAUGUCUUAGUUCACAAGGUUGUGAUCGACCAGCAAUGAAAGAAGUGGCGAUGGAGUUGGAGAGCUUGAGGAAGUUCACAACUCACCCAUGGGUUCAUCAACAAACAAAUGAUGAUGAUACUAGAAGCUUAAUCCUUGAAGUUGAGCAAUCCGAUCUUUAUGAGGUUCCAUUAGUCUCAUACAACACUCACGAAUGGGAAUCAUACUCGGGCAGUACUAGUGAUAUGGGAUUUCAAGAAAACCAACCGCGUUAACAGGUUUUAUGCUUGUUGCAAUACAUUUGUUAGCUUGUUUGAAGUUCAAAACAUGUAAUGCAUAAAAUUAAAUAAGACUGUGUAUGUUUUUCGAUGAA